UCGAUAAAGUUAAUUCAAAGUCCCAGUGCUGCACCAAUGGCGGCUCCCAUGUCCUGGAGGAGGUUGGUGCACUCCGUGUACUCACCGGCCAUCAGCGGGGUUUUUACCCGGGUAUCUGACCGGCUCUUCCGCGCACGGGACAGAAGAGGAGGUUCCUCCGUGCUGCUGCUGGCCCCCCUGCUGGCCGAGGCCGACCCGGCCCCGUGUCGCGUUGACAGGCCCACAGGGUCAGCUGGAGCUCAGGGCACAGACGGCCUCUGCACGCACUUCCGAUGGAUGGCGGAGCACGUACCCGCUUUCCGGGUGCCGGGCACCCACAUCCACAUCCUCACCUCACCUGACCAGUUCUACCAGGCCAUGAAGGCACGAAUCAAGACUGCAAAGAGGCGGGUGGUGAUGGCCUCGUUGUAUCUGGGAACAGGUCAGCUGGAGCAGGAGCUGGUGGACUGUAUGGAGGAAGCUCUACAACGCUCACAGGACAACAGUCAUUCUCCUGACCUAAAGGUCUCCGUGUUGCUGGACUACACCCGUGGAUCACGAGGUCAGAUCAACUCGAGGACCAUGCUGCUGCCACUGCUGCAGCGCUUUGCCUCUCAGAUGCGGGUCUCCCUGUACCACACUCCGGACCUGAGGGGGCUGCUGCGGCUGCUCGUCCCUCAGCGCUUCAACGAGACCAUCGGAGUCCAGCACAUUAAAGUCUACCUGUUUGAUGACAGCAUUAUCAUCAGCGGGGCCAACCUGAGCGACUCGUACUUCACCAACAGACAGGACCGCUACGUGCUGCUGGAGAACUGCAGGGAGGUCGCCGACUUCUUCUCCGACCUGGUGGAGGCCGUGGGGGACGUUUCCCUGCAGCUUCAGCCGGACGACUCGGUCACCAUGCUGGAGGGGAUGGUGCACCCAUACAAAGGCAACAGACAGGACUUCUCAACAGCAGCGAGGAAGCGAAUCAUGGAAGUCGUGAACACGGCUCACACAAGGCAGCGGCUGCUGAACCGGUCCGAGGACUCCGAGGACGAGGCGAUGAGCGAGGGCGAGGAGGACACCUGGGUGUUCCCCCUGGUCCAGAUGAAACCUCUGGGCAUCCAGGUGGACGAGCAGGUGACACAGCGUUUGCUGACAGACGCCGGGCCGGACUCCACUGUGUUCCUAACAUCGGGUUACUUCAACCUGACCCGGGCGUACAUGGGGUUGGUGCUCGGGGCCGGAGCCAGCUACCGCAUCCUCACCGCCUCCCCCGAGGUCAACGGGUUCUUUGGAGCCAAGGGCGUUGCCGGAGCGAUCCCCGCGGCUUACAUCCACAUCGCCAGGCAGUUCUACAACCAGGUUUGCCAGCUGGGCCAACAGGAGAGGGUACACCUGCACGAGUACCACAGGCCGCAGUGGACCUUCCACGCCAAAGGUCUGUGGUAUUACCUCCAGGGGCAGGACCGGCCUUGCCUCACUCUAAUUGGCUCCCCUAAUUUUGGUUACCGCUCGGUUCACCGUGACCUGGAGGCCCAAAUCGCCAUAGUAACGGAGAAUGAGGAGCUGCAGAGCCAGCUGCAGGAGGAGCAGGAGAUGUUGUACCAGCGCUCCACUGAGGUGUCCAGCUCCACAUUUGAGCAGCCGGACCGCCACGUCAAGCUGUGGGUGAAACUAGUCACUCCCCUCAUCAAGAAUUUCUUCUGAGAUGCAAAUCAGGAGGCGAGGAGGCUUCGGAUUUUGCUCGUCCCUGAGGUUGGAGGUCACGGUGGAGGUCAGCCCGUUUCUGCAGAGACGGUACGGUCGGACACACUCGGCAUGCUGGGAGUCUGCUUCUUCAGCUCUCAUAAGCGACUCACAUUUGCAGACACACAAAGGAGCAGAUUUAUAUGGUGAAUUCAGGAAGUAAAUCAGCUUCUUUUCUGUUAAUUUAAGCUCUAGAUCCUGCAUAUGUUACUCCGUUAGAUCAUUUAUAUAUUAACACCUGAUGUCAUUACACUGUGGAUUUCUGGUUUUGUAUUACUGAGUACAAACAUUUCAAAAAAACUACUUCUACUAUUAUACAAGUUACAUGUAUAAGAGCAGCAAUAGAGACUUCAUUAAUGCGUGUCCCUGAUGUACUGGUAAACAGAUGGGUGUGGUGAAGCAUUAUGAUUCCUCAUGGAGCCUUAAUAAUAGUUUUUAAGAGCUCUUAGAGUGUGUUUACAGCUCUGCCCACAGCAGUAAUCAAAGUUAACUGUACAGUGACUGUGUUAUUAUCUUGUAAAUUAAAGGAUGAUGUGGUGAGUUUUUAAAGUGA